GACCCCAUGUAGGACCUUGGGACUGCCACUGCAGGGCCACCCUUAGAGCCCAAAGGAGGAGAAGGCUGCCACAGAGGCCUGACUGCCUCUUAGGGAGUCUAUGGUCAAGAGCCACCCCUGGGAUCCUUCUCAGUUCUUGGUCUUGAUGAUAUUAUGGAUGAAGAAGGAGUUCAGGAGAGUGGUAGCGACACCAUUGAUGAUGAUGAGCUUGUUUUGCCCAACAGGAGCCUGAGGAGCCGUGCUGAGGAAGCAGCAGCAGUCACCUCACCAAGGAAGUCACCACGGUUGAUGGCACAAGAGGCAGUGCGCAGUCUGCGGCAGAGCACCCUGGCCAAGCGCUCCAACCUUGCUCCUCCUGUCAGCACCAAGAAACCCUCUGCAAAGAGUGGAACUGCUCCAAAAGCUGGACAGAAAGCUGAGAGGAGUCCAGCCAAAGACACAGAGGCUGCUGCAGCCCCCAGGACAGAGCAGUCCCGAGUGGUCAGGCGCAGUACAAGGCUGUCAGGACAGGCGGAGGGGACAGCAGCAGCAGCAGUAACAGCACCCCAGGGUGACACCAAAUCUCCUCCUGCUCCCAAAGAGGGCAAUGAAAGCCUUGAGCAGGCAGAAUCUGAGGAAAUAUCCCAAGAGUCAGGCUCUACUGAUGUAGCAGGAGCCUCUUCUCCACCUCCUGGAGAAACAAAGGAGGUCACAAAAGCUGAAGCUGGACCUGGGCAUGCUGAGUCUGUUUGCUUGGGGCCUGCACACACUGAGGGCACUGCAGUUCAGAAUGAAGUCAAUGUUGUGAGUGAGCCAAUGGGCUCUGAAAUCUCUUCGGAGGAAAAGACUGAGAACAGACCAGAGGGGCUGGAGGAGAACUUAGAAGAGCAUGAGCCAAGUGUGGGAACUGGAGAAGCUGAGGAUCCUGCAGCUGGGGUGGAUCCAGGUGACGUUUCUGAGCCCUUUCCAGACCUGUCCAGCUCUGGAGCAGAGGGCAUUAACUGCAGCUUGGGUUCAGACAGUGUGGGAGCUCCUGGUGAAGAGGCACUCUCAGAGAAAGAACAUGGAGCAGAACCUGCAGGUGGUGCCAUGGAGAUACCUGCCUCUGCAUCUGAUGAGCUGCUGGACAGCACAGAGCUGGAUCAGAAAGACUUGAAAAGUGCAGAGCUUCCUGCUGCUGGGGCAGGAAACAGCAGCUUGGAGAGCACUGUUCCUGAGCAGCCCAACCCAGAUGGUCAGCAGCAGCUCAGCCCUGCAGCAGAAGCUCCUGAGGCAGCACAAUUGCAGGAUGAUGAGAAGCAAAGUGGUGCCUCCUCCAAGUGUGAGAGGAACGUCAGGCCCAGGCAGGGUAAGCCUGCAGCACAGACCAAGCCACAUCCACCUGCAGCUGCCCGCCAGAAACUGGGCACAGCCCAAGCAGAGCCUGCACGGUCCAGGACAAGAGCUGGGCUUGCUGGGCCUGCUGCAGGCCUGAAGAGGAAUGCAGAUGAGCAGGAGGGGCAGCAAAAUAACCCAGUGAAAAUCAGGAAGAAGGAGUCAGAUCCAGGCCUGAAGGCCAAGAGCUGUGUGUCAGGGCUUAAAAAGCAGAGCAAUGCCAUGCUGAAGAAAGCACCCCGAGGCCAAGCUCCUGGGCAAGCCCAGAAGGCCUCAGCUCAAAGAGCAAGUGAGAAAUCCCCUACCCAUCAAGGCUCUUCGAGACACCCCCUGCACAUUCCCAGCCCUGCUGUGAAGCCAGCCCAGCCCCAGAAGCACCAACCUGCGGCCGUGCCGAGAACAAACAGCUCCGCCAAGGGGGAGGCAGACACCAAAGACUCUCCUGUCCUGGAACAUCAGAAAGAAGAGGACAGAGACAAAAGCAAACCCAGAAAACCUGAGAAGACUCUGCAGCCUCGGCAGAGGAGAAGCAGCAGGAGCCUUUCCCUGGAUGAGCCUCCCCUGUUCAUCCCAGACAACAUCGCCAGCGUCCGGAGGGAGGGCCUGGAGCAGCCCUGUGCUGCUGCUGACAGCAGGCAGGCCUGGGUGCCCACCAAGCAGUGUGGCUUCUGCAGGAAGCCUCAUGGCAACAGGUUCAUGGUGGGCUGUGGCAGGUGUGAUGACUGGUUCCAUGGGGACUGCGUGGGGCUGAGUCUCUCCCAGGCUCAGCAGAUGGGAGAGGAAGACAAAGAAUACAUCUGUGUGAGGUGCUGUGCUGAGGAGGACAGGAGGAUGGAGUGCCUGGACCAGAGUGGGGCGGAGGCUCCGGGCAGACUGGAAGUGCAGAGAGAAGAGAGAGGCCCCGACGGUGACAAAGGGGGGAUGGCCAAGCAGACCCCUCCUGGGGGUGACAAGAGCAAACAGGCAGAGGACUCUGGGAAGCACAAAGUCAAGAUCUUCAGACGGGAAUCUGGAGAUGGGAAGAACGUGGCAGAGGCCAGAGAUGUUGAUGCUAAGAAAGGACAACACCUUCCUGCUCGGAAAGGCACACAGGGUGCUGCAGGCCCUCGGCGCUCCCCCGAGGAGAAAAACGAGAAGCUGAGCAAGGAGUCCCUCAGUGUGCUGGAAAGGGCCUCAAAGCCAGGUGUCCAUGAGAAACCAGAACUGAAGAAGAAGAAGAACGAGAAGGGCUCCGUUCCUGCACCGCAUCUCCCAGCUCUGCCUGCUUCCAAACCUUCUGCUGACCAGAUAAGGCAGAGUGUCAAGCAGUCUCUGAAGGAAAUCCUAAUGAAGAGGCUGAGUGACUCCAGUCUAAAGAUCCCUGAGGAGAGAGCAGCCAAGGUGGCCACCAGGAUCGAGCGGGAGCUGUUCUCUUUCUUUCGGGACACUGACUCCAAGUACAAGAACAAAUACAGGAGCCUGAUGUUCAACCUCAAAGAUCCCAAAAACAACAUUUUAUUCAAGAAAGUCCUGAAAGGAGAGGUUACUCCAGACCACCUCAUCAAGAUGAGCCCAGAAGAACUGGCAUCCAAGGAGCUGGCUGCUUGGAGGCAGAGAGAGAACAGACAUACAAUUGAAAUGAUUGAGAAGGAGCAGAGGGAGGUUGAGAGGAGACCCAUCACAAAAAUCACUCACAAGGGAGAAAUCGAAAUUGAAAGUGAGGCCCCCAUGAAGGAGCAGGAGGAGGCCAUGGAAAUUCAGGAGCCUGGCCUGAAGCUGCUGGAGAAGGCUGAGGAGGCCAACAGGGACCGGGAGGUGACUGACUCUGCAUCUCCAGACACCACCAGCCAGCACAAGAACCACCUCUUCGACCUCAACUGCAAGAUCUGCAUAGGGCGCAUGGCUCCCCCCUCGGAUGACCUCUCCUCCAAGAAGGUGAAGGUGUCUGUGGGAGUAGUGCGGAAGCCGUCAGACAACGAGGCCGAGAGCAUCGCCGACGCCCUCUCCUCUACCUCCAGCAUCCUGGCUGCAGAGCUGCUGGAAGAGGACAGCAAAGACUCAGCCAAGUCCUCACUGCCACCUCUCCCAAAGUCAGAAACCCCUGGAACUGUGGAAUGUGAAAGUCUGUUCCUAGCACGCCUGAACUUCAUCUGGAAGGGCUUCAUCAAUAUGCCUUCAGUGGCCAAGUUUGUCAUCAAGGCUUACCCGGUGUCUGGCUCCUUUGACUAUUUGACAGAGGAUUUACCUGACAGUAUCCAAGUAGGUGGCAGGAUCUCUCCUCACACUGUCUGGGAGUAUGUAGAGAAGAUCAAAGCUUCAGGGACCAAGGAGAUCUGUGUGGUUCGCUUCACCCCUGUGACCGAGGAGGAUCAGAUCUCCUACGCCUUGCUCUUCGCCUACUUCAGCAGCAGGAAGCGCUACGGCGUGGCUGCCAACAACAUGAAGCAGGUGAAAGAUUUGUACCUCAUCCCCCUGGGCUCCUCUGACAAAGUCCCACAUCACCUGGUGCCUUUUGAUGGGCCUGGGAUUGAAGUCCACCGACCCAACUUGUUGCUGGGGUUGAUCAUCCGCCAGAAGAUGAAGAGGCAGAUCCCUGCUGUGGCCACUGCUGCUGCUGACUUUGUGGAUGAACCUGCUGAGAGCACCUUGAACUCCCUGCCACCAGAGAAGAAAAGCAAGCCAAGCAAACCUGAAGUCUCUCAUCAUGAGCUGGGCCUGGAGGAAGAGGAGGAAAACGAUUUCUUUAACUCCUUCACAACAGUGCUGCACAAGCAGAGGAACAAACCUCAGCAGGCCAGCACCGAGGAUGCUGCAGCAGUGACUGAGCCCCUGGUGGAAAGUACCAAGCACGAACCACCAAAGCCUCUCAGAUUUCUGCCUGGGGUCCUGGUUGGGUGGGAAAAUCAACCUUCGGCUCUGGAGCUGGCAAAUAAACCCCUGCCAGUGGAUGACAUUCUUCAAAGCCUCUUGGGCACCAUGGGGCAGGCUUUGGAGCCCAGCAAGGCAGAAGCAAGCUCCAGUGAAAACAUUCCCCUGCUGAACGAGCAGGCAGCCUCCAAAGAGGAGGACGUGGACAUUGCUGAGGCAACUCCUGAGGGCAGUGAGGCAAAGGAUGCUUUGGAUGACCCCCCAGAACCCAGCAAUGCUACUGCAGCUGUGGAUGCAGCAGCUGGAGGGACCUCAAGUGCUUUGAGGAGCGCAGGACCCUUGCUGGGGUUGAGUCUUAAGGGGAAGCCUCCAGAUGUCUCCACGGAUGCAUUUUUAGCUCAUCUGUCUGCUGAGAACAAAGACACUGAAGAGGGUAAAGAAAAUGACCCAAAGAGGCAGCUGCCUGACAAGGACACUGCUGCCCAGGAAGUCAGAAGGACCACAAAUUCCAGCUUCUUCUCCUCCUCCAACACAGGGAAAAAACCCAAUGAGAACCCCCUUGCAGCAGGCUGCACCGAAGGUGCCAUUGCCACCACCUCUAAAGCCUCUCCCUUCAUUAACCUUAAGAGGGACCCACGGCAGGCAGCCGGCCGCAGCCAGCUGGCCACAGAGAGCAAGGAAGGGGAGGCCAGCAGGGGAGAGGAGCGCCAGGGGCCGCGGGGGGCUGAGCAGGCAGAGGCAGACUGCAAGCAGCCUGCUGCAGAAGUGGCCCUGAAGCCCUGCCAGGGAGACGCUCAGGGCGGCGAGGCGCAGCAGGGCCCUGCUGCAGCCCAGGCAGAGGCUGCAGCUGCAGAUGCCAAGCAGCCCCAGGAGGAUGCCCUGCUGCAGAGCAUGGAGGCAGUGGCUGCCUUCAGGAGAGGCCCAGCAGCAGCUGUAGCUUGCUCGGAAGUGGAGAAUCCUCCUCGCUUGGAAUUCCUCCCCCAGGGCCCCAGCCCUGUCCCAGGCAGCAGCUUCCCACCUGCCAGAGCCACCCAUCAGAGCUUCCAACACGCCAAGCCCACCCCAGCUGGGUUUCAGUUCCAGGCCCCUGCCUCCCCCAGCUUCCCCCCGCAGAGCAGCCCCAUGUUUACCUUCCCCCCUCACCUGCCACCGCUGCCGCUUCCUCCUCCUGCCUUUGGCUUUCCUCAGAGCCCCAUGCUGCCCUGGCCGCCGGUAGCUCAUCUGGCAGGGCAGCCCCCACCCUUCACAGGCCCUAUGGCCCCAGGGCUCCCACCCGGGAGCUCUGCUCACAAGCAGGCCAGGUUCCCAGGCCCGGAGAGUUUCUUUGGCAGCAAAGAGGGUAGGAGGCCGGAGAGGCGGCACAGCGACCCGUGGGGCAGGCAGGAGCAGCCCCAGCACCUGGAGAGGGCCUUCAGCAGGGGCAAGAGUGAGCAGCACAGGCAGAGGUUCUACAGUGAGUCUCAGCAGAAGAAGGAGAGGCAUGAGAAGGAGUGGAGCUGGGAGCAGGAGGCUGAGAGGAACAGGCGCAGGGACAGGACCCAGGAGAGGGAGAGGAAGGGCAGAGAGGAAGGGCAGCGAGACAAGGAGCGAGUGCGGUCCCCGCACACUGCCGAAGGGAAGAGCCCCAGAGAGACUAAGAACCCUGAAAAAAAGGGGGAGAAGCCCAAACCCGAGGAGGACAAAGAGAAGGAGAAGAGCAAAGAGAAGCAUAGGGAGAGGGAGAGUGAGAAGAGCAGAGACAGACACAGGGACCACAGCGACCGAAGCAAAAGCAAGAGGUGAAAGGCUGCAGUCAGACAAAUCCCAUGUCGAGAACCUUUCCCAGGUAGGGCCUCAAUCUUUGUCUAAAAGAGAGGAGAAAAGAAGAACACAACCCCCAAAAGCCUGCUAGGAUCGUGCCAUUUUUUUAAUCCAUUCUGGGCGUUCUGCAGACCUCGGUCUGCGGCCUCGGUACCACCCAAGGUGCAAAGCCUCAGGUCCUUUGCUCACAAGACCGACUACAAGUAGGGACUGGAACGCUUUUAACGACUUCUCCGUUGCUCUACGGUUCCAAAUUUUCACUGCUUCUGAAGCUUGGGAGAUUUGGGGUUGUUUCUUUGGUCCUAGCUGAGGCUUUCCUCGAAUCCUGGAAAUUUUAGUUGCUGCCUUUUGUGCUCUCUUCUAGUUUAAAAGUCAUUUUAACAGUGGAUUUCAGGCUCUAAAAUUCCUUUUUGUUUGUUCUGCACUGAUUGUAAUGCUUCACAAUUCCCACCCAUCAGAAUCCUUUGGGGUUUUUUUUUAAUACAAUUCCCACCCAUCAAAAUCCAUUUGUGUUUUUAGUACUCACAAUUCCCACCUGUCAAAAUCCAUUGGGGUUUUUUAAUACUCAGAGUUCCCACCUGUCAAAAUCCAUUUUUUUUGUCUAAUAACUCCAAUUCUCCAGCCAUCAAAACCCAUCUUUCAUUUCCAAAGUCUCCACACCUCCUCCCACCACCUGACCCCCACUCAGUGCUACACAGAAGUAGUUUUCUGUUGAACUCUCUCAAUCAGCUACUAAAAUCAAUUCGGUUUUCUUUC